AUGGGGUUCCUGGCGGCCGAGGUGCCUAGGCUGCUGCUCAACCUCCUCUUCCUGCUCGACCACCUCCGACGCCUCUCCUCCUGGCUGCUCCGCCUUGUCGGCAUCGGCAUACACGACAACCUGAGCCUCACCUUCGACUACCCCACCGCCUCUGACUUCGCCGACCAUCACUACCACCACCACCACCAUCACCAUGGCCUUGAGCUGGAGCUGGAGAAGCAUUCCCCGGUCGUGCGCUUCAACACGCUCUCCAGCGUCGAAGACGGCACGCUGCUGCUGCCGGAGAGCUGCGCGGUGUGCCUCGGCGACUUCCACAGCGCCGCGUGUGUGCGCAGGCCGCAGGGGUGCCAGCACGUGUUCCACCGUGCCUGCCUCGACCGCUGGGCCGCCCACGGCCACAGCACCUGUCCGCUCUGUCGGGCGCUGCUCCUACCGCCCUUCCUCAUGCCGCUCCCGCUCCCGGCGUCGUGA